AUAGAGCCCUACAGAGCUGCCCAGACCCCUGCAGGCCUCCACACCGGGGAGAAGCCCUACAGCUGCAGCGACUGCGGCAAGAGUUUUAUCCUCAGCUCUGCUCUCCAGCGUCACCAUCGCGUCCACACUGGGGAGAGGCCUUACAGCUGCGGGCAGCGUGGCAAGAGCUUCGCCGAGAAGCAUUAUCUGAUCACACACCGCAACAUCCACGCUGGGGAGAAGCCUUUCUACUGCGGUGACUGCGGCAAGAGCUUUGCCCACAGCUCUGCUCUCAGCCGUCACCGUUGCAUCCACACCGGGGAGAAGCCCUACAGCUGCGGCAACUGCGGCAAGAGCUUCCGGUACAGCGGCGACCUCACCAAACACCUGCACAGCCUCAGCCACCAGAAGAUGAAGAGCAGCAGCAAAGCUUCCAGGGGUCCUCCCUCCCACUGAUACCAGGAGGUGCCUAGCAGCCACAGGCCGAUCCUGACAAUGCUGGUGCCAGAGGGUCCUGGCGGUAGAGCUGCCCCAACCAUGACCCUUCUCUGCUGGGUUUUGCUGUCCUGGGAUGUGGUGAGGCUGCACCAGUAGCACCAACAACAGCAGGUGCUGUUGUGCCAUCCCCAGGCAGAGCCCUGAAACAUGCCUUGUUUGGGAGAGGAGGAUCUGAGGGCAGAGCAGGGCUGUGUCACAACUGGGCUGGAACCUCUAAGCCAUGCUGGAUUCCAAGGUGGUCUCUAUAAGCCCUGCUAGAUGAUCACCAUCAUCACCAACACCAAUCCUCACCAACACCAACAUUGGCUUGGUACACUCAGGAAUGAAGCAACUGUCCAUGUGGCUGCAAGUCAGAGAUUCCAUGGAAAAUGUGCCUGGAGCAGGGAACAAUCCCAAUAAAAGACUUUCCAAGGCUCUUGCAA